GAGGCAGCUCAGUGCAAAAGAAAAUGGGGUUUUGUGUAAAUCUGGGGGCUUAAUGUUAUCAUAUAUCAAGCUACCUCGUAAAACCGACACUGAAGCCUACCGGACAACAAAUCACAGGUCAAAAAUAUGAGUUCUUCAUAUUAUGUGAAUGCUCUUUUCAGCAAAUAUACGGCUGGGGCUUCUCUCUUCCAAAACACUGAGCCCACUUCUUGUUCCUUUGCUACCAACUCCCAGAGAAGCAGCUAUGGAGCCGGCACCGGUGCCUUUCCGCCAUCAAUGGCCAGUCUGUACAAUGUGAACAGUGCACUCUAUCAGAACCCUUUCUCUGGAUACAGCCUGGCCUCAGACGCUUAUAACGUGCAUUGUUCGUUUGAUCAGAACAUUCCGGUGCUCUGCAAUGACCUGGCCAAAGCCAGCUGUGACAAGGCGGAUGAAUCUACCCUGCACUCCCAGACUGACAGUAAUUUCCGCAUUUACCCGUGGAUGAGGUCUUCAGGACCCGACAGGAAGAGAGGUCGGCAAACAUACACUCGUUACCAGACCCUGGAGCUGGAGAAAGAAUUCCACUUUAACCGCUACCUAACCCGGAGGAGGAGAAUAGAGAUCGCCCACGCUUUGUGCCUGACAGAGAGGCAGAUCAAAAUCUGGUUCCAGAACAGGAGGAUGAAAUGGAAAAAGGAGCAUAAAGAUGAGAACGGCGGUACCUCUGAUGCUGGGGAGCAGACCCCAGCACCUACUACUACAUCUGAUGAAGACAAGGACAAAAAAGGGGAAUAAUGUGCCUGCAGGGGAUGGGGAAAAGGGGGAGGGGUGUUCAAUGUACUAACUAGAAUUUGCACGGGACAGUGAAAGAAAGCAAUUUUGAAAAAAUAAUUUCAAACUGUAUUUGAUGUCUCUUCGUGGAAGAAAUAACUGAUAACUGAAAGCAGGCCAUUGAACGUCUUGAACGUCUUCAGCACAGCGCCCAUGAGGUGCAACCUAC